UCAGUUGAAGAGAUACCGAAUACGCGGGUUACUACGUUGCAUCUUUUACUCAUUGUUUUUGUGUUGUUUCUUCUUUUAUCAUGCGAUAGAUUUCAGUACUCACUAUGAUAAAACGCAUUUGUGUUUCGAUUUAAUGUUUCUUUUUUUCGUCAAUUCAUUACUUUUUUAUGUGUGACUAACAGUUGAAUUUGAAUCUUCUCUGUUGAAUCUAUGAGUCAAAAGUAAAGGAAAAAACGGCGUUGUUAAAACCCGGGCGGCUGAGGAACCAGCUACCGAAAAGCAUCGUGAAAGAAUCUCAACUCUACCGAGGGAACAGGAAUCUGCUUCCACCAUGGAUCUAAAAACGAAAAUUUUACUUUUGCUGGCAAAAUGUAUCAUGUUCUUCUACGACGUGAUCACACUCCCUGUGUACUUUUUAAUUAUGAAGCCGUGGAAGAUCUGGAGAGCGAAGAACACAGUAUGGGCGAAACAAAUACGAGAAGAUGACCCUUAUAGUCCAUGCGUACGACUUGUCCGCAACUGCAUCAAUCCUCUGGAAGGCAUCAAAACUAUGGAUGAGCUUUUUCGCAUGUCUGUGGUGCGGUACGGAACCAAAAAAUGUGUAGGAAUCCGUGAAGUCUUGUCUGAAGCUGAUGAGUACUUCAGAAAUGGAAAGGUGUUCAAGAAGGUCCGACUGAGUGACGAAUACAAAUGGUUUUCGUAUGUUGACAUUGAUCAGAGGGUUGAGAAUUUGUGCAAAGGUAUGCUUGAGCUAGGAUUGCAACCAAAGAAACAAAUUGUGAUAUUUGCUGAAACAAGAAUAGAAUGGAUGUUGACUUGCCAAGCCUGUUUCAGAAUUAAUGUCCCGGUGGCAACUCUUUACGCAACUCUUGGUGAAGAUGGCAUAGUUCAUGGCCUGAAUGAAACAGAAGUCAAAUACAUAUUUACUUCCCAGGAACUUCUACCAAAGUUAAAGAAAAUUAUUGGAAAGCUUCCUUGGGUAACCCACAUAGUUUACAUGGAAAAUAUUAGACCAGCAGAUACUACAGGUUUUCCUGAAAAAGUGUCAAUAGUCUCCUUUUCUCAGCUUGAAAAUAUGGGAAGUGCCUGUGAUCCUGUAUCAUACGAUGCCCCUGAGCCUAACGAUACGGCCAUUCUAAUGUACACGAGCGGUUCUACAGGCAUUCCUAAAGGUGUGAUCUUAUCUCAUAAAAAUAUGGUGACAACUACAUCUGGUCUACUUGAUUGCAUCCCGAAACUGGAUGAAAACGAUCUCUACAUUGGAUAUUUGCCUCUGGCACACGCUUUCGAAAUAUCUGCUGAGGCCUUUUUCUGUGUUAUGGGAAUACCUGUUGGAUAUUCAUCUCCUCAUACAAUGACUGAUAAGGGAACUGCAAUAAUGUCUGGUUGUAAAGGUGAUGCAACAGUUUUGAAACCCACCAUUAUGUGUGCUGUACCUCUGAUGGCUGACAGGAUCCGUAAAGGAGUGAUGGAAGCUACAAAGCAAAAAAGUAGAUUUGCUCAGGAAUUUUUCCAGUUUGCUCUGAAAUACAAGUUGUUCUGGCACAGGAAAGGAUUUAGCACUCCGAUUUUAAACAGGCUUAUCUUUAAUAAAAUCAAGGAGAUGAUUGGCGGUAGAGUCCGUAUAAUGGCUUGUGGCGGGGCUCCUCUUUCACCAGAUACACACGAAUUCAUUCGAAUGUCAUUAGACGUACAAAUGCUCCAAGCCUACGGAAUGACGGAAACGGCCGCUAGCGCUACGCUGAUGGCUAUAAAUGACUUUAGCACAGGACGGGUAGGAGCUCCUUUGAGUAAUUGUUACAUUCGACUUGUUGAUUGGCCUGAAGGAAACUACCAUGCAACUGACAAGCCAUAUCCAAGAGGUGAAAUUGUCAUUGGUGGUGAUUGCGUUUCUUCAGGAUAUUUCAAAAACGAGGCCGUAACAAAAGAAUGUUUCAAAGAGGAAGAUGGCAUUCGAUGGUUCUAUUCUGGUGAUAUCGGGGAGCUUCAUCCAGAUGGUACAUUUAAAAUUAUCGAUCGUAAAAAAGACCUCGUCAAAUUGCAAUAUGGCGAGUAUAUAUCGCUUGGAAAGGUAGAAGCUGAGCUCAAAACUUGCCCAUUGGUUGAUAACAUCUGCGUCGUUGGAAACGGCUUGCAUGACUAUUUGGUAGCCUUGGUGGUUCCAAAUACUGAGCAACUAAAAGCUUUGGCAAAAAAACUCGGGAAAGAGGAUAUGCCGAUGAACAAACUAUGCUUUGACCCUGCUGUAAUAGCUGCUUUUUCAAAAGCUAUCAUGGAGCAAGGCCAAAAAAGCAAACUAAUGCGCACAGAGAUUCCGACCAAGGUGAAACUGUGCUCUGAAGAAUGGCAACCCGAAUCGGGUCUGGUCACAGCUGCUUUUAAAAUUCGAAGGAAAUUCAUAGAACAAUUUUAUCAGAACUCCAUAGAUGAGAUGUAUAAUUCGAGUUUAAAUGGUACAUCUAAAUCUACAUGAUCCUGUGCUGAAUAUGUGUUCACUUUUCUAGGAUGGGAGAAAAAGACUAUUUCAUUAAAAGUACUUUUGAGCUGAGAAGAUUCGGUUUUGAAGUUAUUUAUAAAGUUCAUUAUGGACAUCUUUUACUGCACCUUAUUAGAAACUCCAUUCACUCUAGUUUUAUGUUUUGUGGUUCAUGGAAAUAUAAAUAUUGAAAGUUGUUUUUGUAUAUUUGUUUGAUAUUAAAUAUUUUCUAUUUA